CUUUCAGAAAGACCUGGAGCCUUCUCCAGACACCUGCAGUCCCUCCCGUGCCUCCCGCCUGGUACGGAGGUCCCCCGUCCUCCCUGUGAGUGGCACGGUCCGAGAGUGCGCCGGGCAAAGCCUUCCGGCGGGGAGAGGCGCCACUGCAGGCCCGGGCCGGGCCGGCGAGGACGGCGGCGGGAGGCGCCAUGGCUCUGCCGGGUGGAAAUAAGGAUAACAUCAGAGCAGGAUGCAAGAAGUGCGGCUACCCUGGUCAUCUGACAUUUGAAUGUCGAAACUUCCUCCGAGUAGAUCCUCAAAGAGAUAUUGUUUUAGAUGUUAGCAGCACUAGCAGUGAAGACAGUGAGGAAGAAGAACUACAGAGAUUGCAAGCCAUGCGUGAAAAAAAGAAUUUAAAUGAGGAGGAAGAAAAAAAGAGACAAAAAAGAAAAAGCAAAGAAAAAACAAAAUUAAAGAGACCAAGGAAAAGAUCUUCCUCAUCAAGUGCAGCUGAAGAGGAUGGGCCAAAGUCAAAAAAACAAAAAUCACACAAAAAAGAAAGAGAAAAGGAAAAAAAGAAUAAAUCUAAGAAAGGAAAACAUCGUAAGAAGGAGAAAAAGAAGAGACGAAAGGAAAAAAGUUCAUCUUCUGAUAGUUCAGACAGUUCUAGUAGUGACUGAGGUGCUGGCCUAUUUUUGCGUUCACUUCUGCAGAGAAGAUAAUUUUCCUUUCAAAUCAAAUUUAUUGAUGCUUUGCAAUGCCGUUGUUUUAAAAUGAGAUAUAUAUAUUUUUAAAAAAUCUAUUUGCAAAUAUCAGUGCUUCACAUUAUUAAAUGGACCUAUUCUUAGUUCAGUUGUGAUUAGUUGUGUUUGGAAUCCUUUACACUAGGAUAUGGUAAACUUCAGUUUACAAGUCUUUGUGUGGAAAGAGUUGGACUUAAAUAUGCUUAAUGUCAGAAUGGUUAAAUCAAACUUGGAAACAAACUCAAGUGAGAUUUUCUAUUAUGUUAUCCUUUAAAUAAAUGUAUGUUUUGCACAACAUUUUCUACUUACAUACAUUAAUCAGUAAGUGCAAAUAUGAAAUAGUGUUUGGGUCCAGAGAAGGGAAAGAAUGGGCAAUGAGAAGCUAAAAGAGAUUACUCCUUCAAAAUUAUCUUCUAAAAUUGACCUAGUCAUAGACUGUGAAACACAAUUACACAUUCUUUUGGCAGGAUCACUGUGAGCAAGCUGAAAACAAACAAAACCAAACAAAAGCUAUUAAUAUUUUUGAAGUCCUUUCUUUCUGCCUAGGUUUUGUUCUUUUACAAUUAUGGCCAUUUCAUCUUUGACAUAGAUAUGAAGUGCUUCUUCCUAACACUAGAUGACUGUCCAGCAAGAUUGUUUACAAAGUUCUAAGAACCAUGUUAAUACAGUAUGUAGUGAUUAAUGCCUACAUGAACCGAAACAGGCAAUUCAAAGACUGACAAUUGACAAGAAUCGUGAAGCCUCCAUUCAUGCUAAUGAAACUCCCAUUGAAAAGUUAAAAAACAAACAAACAAACCUCUUGUGGAAUGUAAGCAAUCUAUCGUGUUGAAGUUGGUAGCAAAAUUUACCAUUUGCUUUCAGGAGCAAUGUUAAGCAUGUAAACAUUUUAUAACUGGAUUCUGGGGUAUCCAAUUCAUAUCUUGGACCGUGGUAGGGUACAGGUUCAAGACAGACUGAUACUUUUGAGCAGAUUUGAGGUGUAUAAUCCUACCCUAGAAACGCCUAAACCUCAAAGUGCCUAUGUUUACAGCUUCUUGAAAAUGCUCUUCAUGCCUGUGGUUUUGUUUCUUUUUGCUUAGACACAGAACUGCUACUACCUGAGCAGCUUGGCAUACAGCUGCAGUGUAAGUCUCAUGGGAGUCAAAAUAUGAGGAAGAGCAACACCUAAGCUUUCUUAACAAUACUAUCCGUUGCCUAUGUUUUUACAGUGGGUUAGAGCAUUGAGUCAGUACAAUUUAGGGUAUUUUAAUAGUUACUGCAUUUGGCCUGAAAGUGAGAUACCUAGAUCUAACUCUGUCUUUCAAACUUUAAUGUCUCAGACCAGUACUCUUAUUAUUGGGCAACUCCUGCUGUAGCUGCUGUGCUAGGGAACAUUAAAGAUCAAAAUACUCAUGGAAGCCACAGAGCAAAGAGAAAUAAUCUGUAACCCUCUGUGUAGGUCUCUCAGUAGAGGAUGGCAAGAGUCCUUGCAUCUGCUCUUUUUCUUACUGGCUUUGGUCCAAUCUAAUUUUUCAUGUCAUAUAUAAUGAUUUCAGGGAUGGGCUUGGAUAAUAUAACUGAAGAGAGACUGGACUCCUUAAUUAGCUGAUACCUGUGCACAGUAUAAGAAACCUUUAUUUCAUAAGUACUAAUUUAACAGACUCUGGCACCCUGUUCACGCUAGUCUCCUUACUGUUGCUGUGGCUGUUAGAGCUUAUUUUUGACUGGGUUAAUUCUCUAAACCAGUCUUUCUGUAGAGAGCAAUAGGGGAAUUGUGGUCUACUUAAGCCAGUACUGUUGCCAAAGGAAAUAUUUAAUCAAGCCACAGCUUAAGACAUGACUCUGCGAUUUUUUUCCCCUAAAAUGUUCCUUACUUAAUGAGAUUGAAAGGGUUAUUGGAGUUAGGGGAAUUCAGAACUUGUAUGUAGUUCUCCCAUGAUCUUCCCAUGAUCUCCUGAUGACCCCAUGAUGCCAACUCUGGGGAAUCGUUUGUACCUUAUUUGUUUCGUGAUUUUUGAAAGCUUCCUCUGAAGACAAGGAACUGAAGGGAAAUUUUACUGAGCUUUCUAUACCAGAAUGGCUGAAGAGUUUAUUAAAAAACCCUUAUUAGAGUUAGUAUAUCAUCUCUAUGCAUAAGUAUAAUUUAUCCGUCAAUAAUGACAAAUUAGAGAAUGGAUAGAGGCUUAAAGUUCAGAAAAGCAACUGGUGUAUAUUUUAGUAACGUUCCUUACGCUUUUGUGUAGUUUCAAAUAGCCAUUUUAGAUUCUAGUUCUAACUAUUGAAAUCAAAAGAUUGCCUAUCUAAAUGAUAGGGCAGUUAGUUACCUUCCAUGUAGCAUUACAGCAGCUAUUUAUGGUAGUUACAAUGGUAUUUUGUACAAGAGUGCAAGGCAUGAAUUUCGAUGUUCCUGUUUUGCCACUUGUUACUAGUGUACAUAGAUUUUCAUAUUGGAAAAAGG